AUGGUGUUGGAGGGAGAGCGCGGCGUGCUGACCUCCCAGUUAAUCGAUGGGCUGAACAGUGGCCAGGUGGUGGUGAGCGAUGUGGGAGCCACCAUCCCAGGCGUCACCGCCGCCACCCUCCAGCGUUUUUUGAUCGACCUCGUCCGCGCAGUGGCGGCCGGCAGCCUGAAGCCAGACAAGGUGGCGGUGGCGGUGCGGAGCGCGGGGGUGGAAGACACCUCCGAUGCGCUCGGCUCAGACCUGGCGGAUGCCCUCUGGUAUGGGUGGCUAGAGGUGGAGGGUGAUGCGGGGGGCGACGCCAAGUCGCGGGUGGCGGAUGCCGCCAAGGACUUGCUCAAGGAAGCGCUGGUCACCAAGCCGCAGCUGUUUGAGUCUGGGGAGGGCGAGUUUUUCGAGUGGUGCGGCAUGGUGGUCAGCAAGGAGGUGUGGCGGCGCAAGGAGAUUCGCUCACACACCAAGCACGUCUACGUGCAGCGCAAGCGGGGCGUGGGCGGGCAGCUGCCGGGCAGCUUCCUGGCAGGAGGCGCUGGCGUGCUGGCAGCGGGCGGCGGCGUGGAGUUCAACCUUCUGCGCGAGGAAAGCGAGGGCUACGCCAAGCUGGCCACCCUGCUCAAUCAGCAGGCCGCCGGCUGCCUGUCGCCCGCCGGCACCGCGGCCGCG